AUGCCGCCUGGGCCUUUCCCAUACCCAAUCGUUGGCAACACGUUCCAGCUACCAAAUAACAAGCCGUGGAUCUUCUUCGAGGAACUGUCGAAAAAAUACAACACCCCAUUGAUAACAUAUUGGAUCGGACGCAAUCCAACCGUAUGGAUCAACGAUGCUUGGACCGCGAACGAACUUCUUGAUAAGAGAGCAGGCAUAUACUGCUCAAGACCGCGCAUGCUUGUCUUUGCUGAACUGGGUUCUGGUCAGAACAAUCUCGUAAAUCUCAUCACUACCACACAAGCGCAACGUGAGCGCUUCCGGAUGUUGCGCAAGGUGACACAUCAGGGCGUUGGCAUUCAGCAAGUGAAGAAGUACCGUGAUUUCCAGAACGACGAGAGCAAAGUUGUCGCACUCGACCUCCUGCGUACCCCCGAAAACUAUGUCGCGCACUUUGAACGCUAUGCGACCAGCGUGGUUUCUAUCAUCGGCUUCGGCAGGCGUGUCGCGAGCCACAAUGAUCCCAUCAUCACCGACGUCAUCGCGUUGAUGCACCGGGCGGCCGAUCUGAACGUGCCAGGGAAGACGUUUCCCAUGCUGAUGGAAACCUUUCCAAUUCUUGCUCGCGUACCGACUGAAUAUGCGCCAUGGAAGCACGGCAUGGGAUCAAAGAAGAGAUCGCAUCGUGGUCAUGACUUCUUCUACUCCUUAGCAAGUGAAGCGAAUGCGAAGCCAGGACACGAUGAUUGCUAUGCGAAGAUGCUAUUUCGAGAGCAGGAGAAGUAUGGUCUCAACCCGAAAGAGAUCUCCGCGCUGACUGGAAACUUGUUCGGCGCUGGAUCAGACACUUCGAGUAGUACGCUCAUUACCGCUGUUCUUGCAAUGCGAGCGUUUCCAGAAGCCAUGCAUGCAGCAUGGGAAGAACUAGAUCGCGUGGUCGGACCGGAUCGCAGUCCCUCGUUUGAAGACGACGCCAAUCUGCCUUAUAUGCGCGCGUUCGUAAAAGAGGUGUUUCGAUGGCGAUCUGUUGCAAUUAUUGGUGGACAACCACAUGCUCCAGUCCAGGACGAUUACUACAAUGGUUAUCUGAUCCCACAAUCGACAUGGGUGCAGGGAAACGUGUGGGCGAUUCACCACAAUGACCGCGAAUUUCCCCACCCAGACCGAUUCAAUCCAAACCGUUUCUUGAAGAAUCAUCCUGACUCGCGACCUUUUCCUGGUGAGAGGGGAUACAUGACAUUCGGCUGGGGUCGACGCGUGUGCUCAGGCCAGGCGCUCGCCGAACAAGGCACAUGGUUGACCGUUGCGAGACUAGUUUGGGGUUUCAAGAUCGAGCCAGCACUAGACGAGAGUGGGAAGCCUAUACCGGUCGAUAUCUUUGAUUACACAAAUGGCCUCAACAUGCGACCGCAAGUGUUCAAAGUGAGCAUCAAGCCGCGAAGCGAGAGAAUACGGCAGGCUAUCAUCCGAGAGGGCGAGCAAGCAUUGUCAGAUCUUGCGCAGUACGAGGGUGAGACAAAAUAUCGUAUGAGUACUUUCUACGGCAAAUAA